AAGAAGAGUUAAAUACGGAUAUAAUCGACGCAUCGAAAGGGAUGGAAGAAAGAAUACCGGUAUGUGAAAAUGAAGAUGAUGAUGAUAAUGAUGAUGAUGAUGAUUCUGACUCGGAUAUUGGAUAUGCAGUUGUUAGUAAUACAUCUGAAUUUGGGGACGCCCAUAAUCCUUUACCUUUGACAGAAGAUCAUGGUAUACCGAAGACAGGAGAUAAAGUAGACACAGAAAACAAAGGAACAGACGAAGAGGAACUUGAAUCUAAUGAGAUUGAAGAAGUGGAUGACAUAGAAAUACAAAGUGUGGAUUCAAAUCAUCAUGAAGAACAUGUAGAUUCAGAUGACACACCUAUUGAAAUACACACAGGUAUAGACAAUGACACAGAUGACAAUUCAGAAACAAGCACGGAAGUGACAGAUGAAAAUUCACAUGUUGAUGAAGGUCCAGGAAUUGAAGAAAUCCCUGAAGAGCCUCCACCAAAACCACCUCCAAGGCCUAAGCCAACUCCAAGACGUUCUGUAAGAGAACGUAAACCACCAAAUUGGCAGAGUGAUUACCACAUGAAUCGAAUGGUACCAAGACCAUAUGAUACCAAUCUACAGGCAUUAGAUGUAUUGAUGAAUUCUGGCGUAUUGAACAGGAUUGAUAUUCAUGUGGCACAGAAGUUAUUAAAUACAUUGUCUGAUUGAUAUAUUGUAUUCAGUACUUUUGUAUUUAAUUUUAUAUGUAAUGUAUUGUUUGAAUUUUUGUAAUUUUUUAACCUUAAUUGAAUAAAUUUAUAUUCUAAUCAUUGAAUAAAAGCCAAUAUAAAUUAAAAUAAUUCAGUAUAUAUUGCGAGGUCGCAUUAUUUAAGAAGGGGGAGGGAAGAAUUGAAUUUAUAUAGACUGUUGUAGAGAUUAACUUUAUAUACUUGAAGUUAACUGAUAUUAGAAGAGUUGUAAAAAAUUUCUGAUUAAUUCAGAAAACUGAUGAGUUAUAUUUUGAGAAUUGUUUUCUUCAAAUAGAAUUAUUUGAUGUGGAUUAUUCUUUGUAUAUAUGAUAAUGACGGGACGUCAUUUUCUAAGGUGGGGAAGUGUGUAACAGGAUGGAUAAUUUGAGUGUCUUGAUACAUUUUUGGUUGUUUGAGUUGUUUCCCUUGGUUUCCCGCAAUUUUGAUCAUGUGACUAGUUUUGUCUUUGUUGAAGCGGCUUUGUGAAAAUUAAGAUCAGACAUUUUCUUAGUGUUUUAAAUUUAUUUAAAAUUUGGAUUAUUGAUAGUUGAAAUUACAGCACAGAGAGUUUGGAAGUAUGUGUGUUUUGAAGAAGAUGAUGUAAUAUGAUAUAAUUGUACAUUCAGUUCCACAAACUGAGUGUCGAUUGAUUUGAUCGAUUCGAUUGAAUGAGAUUUAUUGACGAUUCAUUGACGAUUCAUUUAGUUUGUCGAUCAUUGAUUGGUUUACUGAUGUUUGGAUAUAUAUGUAAGAUUGAUAUACAUGUAUGUGAACUGGAAGAUAAAUAAAUACAUUAGAACUGUG